GUGACAUACGCCUUUUUGAAAUCUCAAACUACAUCAACCCAACCCAAGAGAGCAAUACAUUACUUGAUAUUCCCAGAUCUUGCUUUGACUUGAAUACUGUUUAUUUUACGUGCGAGAUUUUUUCAUUCAUAUUGAAAUGUCACCAGCUUUAAUUAAAGUGCCACAAAACACCUAUGCAUUGCGCUAAGGGCGGUAACUGUCGAUUCUUUAACGUGUCAACGCCUUCUGCGACUCUGGAGGUCUCAUCCGAAAGAUCCGCGACUCUCACUUCUAACCAACGAGCGUUUUCGAAGGAGCAGUCACUGCGUUUUGUUCUUUUUCUUUUUUACAUUUUCGGUUUAACGUGACCACGGAACAAGCAGGACUCCAAACCACGACCUUUCGGUCACGAGGGAAACAGUCUAACCACUAAAGCCACCGCGACCGGUUGAAUAUCUGCAAUUCUGGAAAUAAAUAUAUAAUGAAAUCCUGAUUAAGAUUUUCCGUCUUGCUGGUUUUCUUCAGAAGAUUGCGUCUAAUUUAUGCUUUGGUAUAAUUAGAAAAACAUGCCACAUCAAUACCUAUUUCAUAAAGUGUUUGUAAUUUAAUUUUCUUGAAUGCACGAUGGUUGUAUAUCAUGGCGGCAUACAAUUUUUUGGGGAGAUGUUGAUCGUGUGAUGAAACGUACAGCAAUUACUGCAGCUAUAUAUAAAUUCGCCCCUCCUGUUUCAAAGAAUCCGUUUUACUCUAAGAAUGCUUCCCUGUUCGAUCUCUGUAGAUAAUUCGCUUUAAUUUUCCCCCUGCGUGUUUAUUCACGACUCUAAAUUACAAGCAAAAAACACACUUCCAAAUUUGAUCACACGACGAAUUGAGCGAUCAAUUGAUCGUAAGUUCCUAGCCCAUGAGAAAAAUCAAAGGCGGGCAAAAGAUCGGGAAGCCUUGCUCAAAACGGUUUCUGAUGAAAUAUCUGUAGAUAUGCUCAUGAAGGAUUCUGUUCCCUCGACAUAUUUAACGCGAAGUGAUUUGCAGCGUCCGAUCGGAUAUAUGUAAUUGUUAAUAAUAGAUUCUUAGAAAUACGCGGUUUCUUUUUUUUUUUUUUUUUUACUUUCCGCUAUCUUGAAUACACAUCGAGUAUCUUGCUGUAGGCCAUACAUUUUGCUCUGCUCUGAUUUCUUCUCAACAGGGAUGUUAUGGACACCAAACACACACUUCUUGUGAAUCCAUGUGAUGGAUAGUGUUUAGUUUACACUGAAGGAAAGCACCAUCCGUUGAACGGGCGUUUUUAUGCUUUAUUGAAGAAUUCCUUUUUUUAUAUAUUUUGUCUCCUCACCUGCGAUGUUUAAAUGUACAUAAGGUGUGAGAUAGGAGAUUCACCAAAACCACAAUUGCUUUCUAACCAGUUAAAGGUGCCUCCGGCACGUUCCGCCAGCAUGUCGAGUCUUCGGAACCCCUCUACGUAUCCGUUAAUCAACAUCUCGGAUCACGAUAGACCCGUGUCGUAUUCUUCGGACGAGGAGUCCAGCAACCCGACAUCGCCCUAUCACCAGGCGAGAAAUCAGCAAGGUGCGCUAAGCGAUCGAUCUAAAGAGUCGGAGAACGAUGAGCUUCUCUCAGAGAUCGAAUCGGACUCUCGGCUUCACGCAAAGCAUGUAGCCACGUUAUCGCCCAAACUUGCAAGAUCUGAAUCUGUAAAAUUGAGGAGGCAGUCAAAUGGAAGACAUGGCAGGAAAUAUUCACAGCCAAUAGGAAAUGCCACUCCACCUAAGCCGUCCCGAAGAGCCUCAAGUUUGAAACUGAAACGUAUGCACCUGGAUGUAAACAAUCAGGCGAAGGAGAGAACUAUGCCCUGCUUACCCAAAUGUAGUAACCGACCAACGAAUCCAUCAAUUACUAUCACGAUCGAAUCCGACGACGAAUCUAUCUACAGUGAUUAUUUGAAUCCUGAUGUUAAUUACAAGAAUGACAUAAACCAUGUACAUUUUGUUGGAGAUGCGACAUCUCUGUAUGGAACACCAAAGGAGGAGUUGUUACCUCCAACAGGAGAUACAGCCUCCACGGACCAGUAUGUUAACAAGUCCAGUCCUACCAUAUUCCUAAAAGAGCAAAUUAUUUCAUUUUUUCAACCCUCGGAUAAUAAACUUGCUAUGAAGCUUUUUGGAAAUAAAAAUUCUCUACAAAAAGAGAAAAUGCGACAUAAGCGGGUGGCAAACUGGGUGAUACAUCCUUGCAGCAAUUUCAGGUUUUAUUGGGAUCUCUUCAUGCUGGUACUUCUCCUAGCCAACCUCAUAAUCUUACCUGUUGCCAUAUCAUUCUUCAACAAUGAUCUCUCGAAAGAAUGGAUCGCAUUCAAUUGUAUCUCAGAUACCGUCUUCUUUUUGGAUAUAAUAAUCAAUUUCCGAACAGGUAUUAUUUUAAAUGAUUUCGCCGAUGAAAUCAUUUUAGACCCCAAGCUGAUCGCUAAACGUUACGUAAAGUCCUGGUUUUUCCUAGACCUCAUCAGUACUAUACCAAUGGACUAUAUUUUUCUCUGGUGGGAUUCCGAGGCAGACUUCUACCAAAUGAUCCAUGCAGGAAGAGCAUUAAGAAUUUUACGUCUGGCGAAGCUUUUAAGUCUUUUACGACUGCUGAGACUGUCUCGCUUAGUCCGAUAUGUACAACAGUGGGAAGAGCUGUUAAAAUCUAAGAAGUUUGAAGCAAGUCCUUGUUUGACUAUGUGUGGACGUCGAAGGCGACCCGGGUUUCUUGCCUUUGCUGGGAAAUUUAUGAGGAUAUUCAAUCUAAUUUGCCUCAUGUUACUGUUGGGUCACUGGAAUGGAUGUCUGCAGUUCUUAGUGCCAAUGUUAGAAGACUUUCCCAGGGAUUGCUGGGUCUCCAUAGAAGAACUGAAGGAUGCUUCAUGGUGGGCGCAGUAUACCUGGGCGUUGUUUAAAGCUUUGUCGCACAUGCUCUGUAUAGGAUAUGGGCGUUUCCCACCACAAAAUAUGACAGACACGUGGUUAACUAUAUUGAGCAUGCUCAGUGGUGCUACAUGUUAUGCACUUUUCCUUGGUCACACGACAACGAUUAUUCAAUCAUUUGAUACAUCACGGCGGCUGUACAAUGAGAAGUUCAAACAAGUUGAAGAAUAUAUGAUAUACAGAAAAUUACCACGCAAACUACGACAGAAGAUCUCAGAAUAUUAUGAGCAUCGUUACCAAGGCAAAAUGUUUGAUGAGGACAACAUUUUGGAUGAGUUAAAUGAAUGUCUUCGACAGGAAGUAAUCAACCACAACUGCCGAGCUCUGGUGAAAUCCGUGCCAUUCUUCACAAAUGCUGAUCCCCAAUUUGUGUCUGAGGUAAUCAGUAAAUUGGAAUUCGAAGUCUUUCAACCCGGGGAUUAUGUUAUCAGGGAAGGGACCAUGGGAACUAAAAUGUACUUCAUUCAGGAGGGCAUAGUCGACAUCAUCACCAAGGACGAUGAAAUUGCCACGUCACUGUCGGAUGGCUCAUACUUUGGCGAAAUAUGCUUACUCACGAAUGCUAAACGGGUAGCUAGUGUACGUGCAGAGACUUACGUCAAUCUUUAUUCAUUGUCUGUGGAACAUUUCAACACAGUAUUAGAACGAUAUCCUCUCAUGCGAAGAACUAUGGAAAGUGUGGCCGCUGAAAGGUUGACGAAAAUUGGUAAAAAUCCCAGUAUCGUCAGUAGUCGAGCGGACUUAGAGGAAGACCAGAAGUUGGUGAAUGAGAUUGUAAUGGAAUCAACGCCAGUUGUAACAAGUGCGAGUGAGGACGAGGAUAAAGAUUCUGACGACAGUUCAGAAAGUUCAAAAAGUUCACGUAGGAAAAAGAAAUUCAAAUUUGACUUUACAGGGAAAUUGCAGAAAAUAACAGAGGAAAGAAAAUCGAAAUCUAGAGAAAGCAUUCACAAAGAUUCCUUGGAAAUGUCAAAUGGUAAAAUGGAAAAGUUACGGAAACUACCAUCAGGUUCAAAUUUGUUCGGACUACGGGUAGGAUUUGCAGGUUUUACGGACAGAAAGCGAUCGGAGAGUGUGGGUGCAAAUUUAAAUUCCAUAGAUCGUUGCGAUUCCGGACAGAGUCAAGCCAUGCGAGUUAAUCUUCCACGCCGUGCCAGUUUUCUCGGAACAAAAUUCUUUAAACCUAAAGAGCAAAAGAAAGAAAAGAAGGAAAGAACGCGAUCUACAGGUGGAAAUGAUUCACCCUCCUCUGACGGGAAAGGUGGUGUGAUCCAGUUUCUUACAGUUCCUUUAAAAGCUGAAGUACGGCAUAAACUAAAGGGGAAGAAAUCGAGAUCAGAACAUUCUGUUUCACAGAAGGAAUCCACCAGCAUGCAUUCCCAGGACAUUUCUGAAGAUUCCUCGAACUUGCAGUCAGGUAGUGAUAAUAUACCAAAAACUGAAACUGUGGUGCAUCACACUGAUAGGGCGAAAGAAUGCGUUUAUCAGAUAGAAAAUCUAGAUGAGAAGUCCGUUAGUUCUUGUUUAUAAACUUCUUUUUACACGGUGUUCUCUUCAUGAAAUCUUGGGUUAUCAUAAGAAUUUAAAGUGUUCACUUCAGGAGUUCGUAAGGGGAUCAGUGAUCAUAUUCAACAUGCCAUAUCAUAAAUCUGAUAUCUUAAAUAAUCAAUAUGAAUGCAAAUUUCAAUUAUGCAACCAAACGAUAAUAAAACUACAUUGUAUGUCAUAAAGCAGAUAUCGAAAGACAAUUUUCAUUGAAUUACCAGUAGAUGCAGUUUUGAUGUAUUCAGGUUUCAACAAAAACACAUUUUAUUAUUUUUUCUAUAAUAAAUGCAGGUCAUGCAAGGCAGCUUUAAUAACGAUAUUUAAAUAUUUAUAGAAGUGAUAGGCAGUAACUGUGAUAAAGAAUAAGAAUACCAAAAUUUCUAAUCAUUUAACUAAACGUUUUUACGGUUAGUUUAUUAAAUUCAAUCUUCUAUAUCUUUUCAUAUGGUUCUAGAAUACUUCAGUGACAAUUAUCAAAACAUAUGACACGCAGCUAGUUUGAUAACUUAGAGAAAUAUAGGCUUGAAGUGGAUUUUAUGGAAUAGCAAAGAUAACGAACAGCUUAUCCGCGACUAAUUUAUACAACCAGAAUUCAAUGGUUCCUGGCAAUCCAUCUAAAUGAGGUCUCAUCAAAUACUACUCAUCCAAUUCAAAUUGACAAUGAACAGGAUCUUUGAUUAAUCCCUGGAAAUUCUUGAUAAUGCCUAACUUUAUGAGGCUAUCUCUGCGAGUCUUUAACCUCAUAUCAGUCCUUGUAUCGUUUGUAAUUGAAAAAUCACAGAUUGAUAAUUACAUGUAUAACUAAACAUUUGAAAUUAGAAUCAAUGUAAUAAUCAGACCUCUCUAAUCGAAGUUCAUGUUCCAUGACCUUUGUACAUAUCAGUACAUAUCAAAUCAAUAUUACUCUCAUGGUCUUUGCUUUGAUGGGAACGUGUGCCAGUCAACUCUAAAGUUUGUCCAUUCCUUUUAAGCUGAACAUAGUUUUGUUAACGAAUUUACUCUUGUGUGAAUUUGUUCUGUGUGAAUUCAAACAAGGAUUAGGACUAUAUAUAUGAUUGUUAGAUUUGCAACAUUAUACCAUAUCAAUUACAGAAGAGAAAGCUUUGAGAGGGAUACGUGUUCACAUUAUUUUAUAAGUUGUCUGCCUUUUUAUUUUCGAUAUUCUAAUGUUCUGUGAUUCUAAGUGCAAUUUGCAUUGCACAUCAUUUGUGCCAAAAAGGAAUUUUCGUAGUGCGUAGUCAACAACGAAUUUCGUUACUUUUGUCUAAUUUGCAAAAGAAAAUAGAAUUUUAUAUAAUCUGAUAUAAAGCAAGCUUUAAGUUGAUGACUGUACUUUAUAUCAGUAUUAUGGGCCACAGAAGUAAGUUGUCAUUUGAAAAGUGCAGUGCAAUUAAGGAAUUGCUGCAUCGCAAAAUGAAUUAAAAUUCAGUAAUAUUCAUUUUGAAUGCCAACAGACUAUGUAAACCAGGAGAAAUUCAUGACAUCAUUUUUGCGUUUUGAUGAUUUUAUUGACCUUUGUACGUCAUGAUAUUAUUAAAGGAUUAUGUCUUUUGUUCUACAUUAACUGAUAUUUUACGCCCCCUCGGUACAUUUAUAGAUUGAUAUCAGACUGUGAACCUCAUCUCUGUGUCUGUGUUUCUGGUCUGCACACCAAAUCGCUCUGAAUUCUGAACCUCUGAAAGAAACAUUCCAAAGAGUUUGUUUUUUUGAAAUGAAGUUAGUUUUAAUUUGUGGUAGAUAGAAGCUCGUUAAAACAGCGAUGCUCUCUCUCUCUCUUUUCUUUUAGAUGAUAUAUCUCUUUUCUUUUAGAUGAUAUAUCGCCUAUUGGCCUCAAAGUAAUAAGUGUGCAUUAUUUUUGUUCCUUACAAAACAAGUGUUAUUGUUGCAGAUAACAGCGACUGUGAUAUUAUACAUGCAUCUCGUUUUGUUAAAUAUUUGUUACAUCUUUAUUUGUAUCAGUUAGAUUUUUAUCUCUUCCUGAGACGGAAUCAAGGAGAGAAAUAAUACCUUAUGAUUUUCAAUGUGUUAUCAGAAUAAAAAUAAAAAUAAACAAGGUUAUUUUAAA